UUUUGAUUUUUGUCAGUUUUGUGUUGUGCGUAGUUGGUUCAGUUUCUGAUGGCUUAGUUAAUUUUGAUUAUUGUUUUAUUUUUGUAUUCCAACAGUCAUAUUUCGGUUAGAGCUUGACCAGCAUGGCAUUGCUACCUCCCGACCCAGUUUAUACGAUCCGAAAUGUCGACAAUUCGCCGGUUUACUCCUUGGCAUUUAGUUUUCUACCCGGUGGGCUCGAGAGGUUACUAGCCGGCUCAAAAAAUGGUUACGUUUAUGCAUACAACCUUCAGACUAAUAGAGUGCAGCAAAAAAUAAAAGUUGGUCAAGCUCCCAUUCUUCACCUCAUCCACACAACCAACGAAAUGAUUACCCAAGAGAAAGGAGGAAUAUACAAGAUCUUCACUCUUACAAACACCGGGUACAAAGAAGCAUUCGUGAUUGAGACUGAUUAUCCCGGUUUUUGUCGUUUUGAAGCCAACACAAAACUCGAAACACUUUAUGUACCUGACAAAGAAUCCAAGAUUAAUAUAUACAACUUUUCGGCGGAACUAGUAGGGUGUUUGGAACCUGAGAAUGGAACAGUUAAACUCGGAGAUCCGAUGUGCAUGAAAUUUCUUGAGUUUCCGGACAAGCCUUCCCUGCUAGUGGGCUACGAGAGUGGCUGGCUCAUGCUGUGGGAUCUCAACACUAGUCACUGCAUUAGUAAAUUGCAAACCAAGGAAUGCCCUAUGUCUGUCGACUUUCACUUUGAAAAGCAAUGGGGAGUGCUCGGGAACGCUUCUGAUGUGAUACAAGUAUUUAGUAUAAGUAAGAAAGACUUAAGCUUGGCCCAUAAAACGGAUGUCACUAUAAAGAACGCAGGAAUAAAUAAGAUAAAUUCUAGAUCGGAUGGCAAAGUAUUUACUACUGGUGGCUGGGACGGCCAUAUUCGAAUCUUCUCGUGGUUCUCUCUGAGACCAUUGGUAGUAUUGACUGAGCACAGGCAAGCUAUACAGGAUGUCGCUUAUUCUCCACAAAAAGUGACAUUCUGGAACGCCAACAUAAUGGCGGCAGGAGGUCUCGACGGUGCUAUAACCCUAUGGGACCUGUACAACAAUAAAAACUAAGCAGCAAAACUAACCAACUACCAUCAGAAUACCACUCAGUGUAAGUUAUUAGGUUUGCACUUCUGAACACUUAAAAUAUGAGCCAGUACUAAAUAUUCUAAGCAAUAAUUUUUCAUAAGGGGUAGUAUUCUGUUGAUCUCAAUUUUCUUUACCAAAGUUUUGCCCUUCACAAUGUAUAACUCAAUUAUUGUUGGAAUGACCACCUUUAUAAAAACUAGGUGCAAAUUUAACACCUUAAAUGAGUAUGAACUUUGAAUAAUAAUGAUUUUAGGAACUGUAGCUAUUUUUUAUUCUGAUAUUUAUGUACGUUGAGAGAUUGUUUUUGUUUAAACUACACAAUCCUACUUUCAGAAAACCACUUGACUAGCAGCUGAAUCUUUUUGCUUUAUUAAUAUAAUCUAUGGUCCAAAUCAUGAUACAAAUCACAAACUUACGAAAUCUGACAUUCAUGAUACAGUAACAAUUUUGUGACUUGUCUCAUGGUUUAAGCAAGUCCAGUAUGAAUUUGUAGUACAAAAUUCUUUGAAUGUGGCCAAGCUCUUAGAGGAUAAGAGAGAAAUGUUAUACAAUUUCCACAAAUUAUAUAAACCAUGUUUCAAACAAUAAACAGAAUGAAAUUUA